AUGGAAAUGUACAUGAAAGUCGAGAUACCAAAGGGUAGUUCUAAUAAAAUUGAAUACAACAAAACUAAAAAAAGGUUUGAGUUAGAUAGGGUUUUAUCGGUGGCGAUGUCUUAUCCGGAGGAAUAUGGUGUUAUCACUGAAACAUUAGCACCUGAUGGGGAUGAAUUAGAUGUUAUUUGUUUAACUAUUCAGCCUACCUUUUCUGGACUUUAUGUUCCCAUACGAAUUAUUGGAGUUUUAAAAAUGAUUGAUAAAGGCGAACAAGAUGAUAAGUUAUUAGCGGUGAAUGCUGGUGAACCGAGACUGAACUAUAUUCAGGAAUUAAAAGAUAUUUCUCUUGCAAAACAAGAGGAAAUUAAACAUUUUUUUGCUCGUUAUAAAGAUUUAGAAAAUAAAAAAGUGGAAAUAGGAAAAUUUGAAAGUAAAGAACAGGCCGAAAAAUUAUUAAAAGAAUGUCAAGCAGCCUACAAAAAGAAAUAG